GUUUAGCGCCAGUUUAGAUUUUUUUCCCCUCGCCCCGUCGGACUGUUGCACCAAAAGUUAUAUUAAAAUGUAUUGUUUUUUUAAACUAUAACUUUUGCAUUACAAACGUCAUUUGUAAUGUUUGUUAUCGGAAAACAAACAACAUAUUGACAGAUUGGAUUAAGUUGUAAACCCCAUCAAAGGUGCUUUAGAGCCAUCGAAAGACACAACGCUGUAACACCUGAGGUCCCUAGCUCAUCUGAAAUCAGCACCACUGCAAACAUCUCCAAAAUGGACAGUGAGGAUGACCUGGACAUGUUGACGGCGCUGCUGGCUGAGAGUGAGGGAGUGGAAGAAGCACAGGCCACUCAUGAGCAGGCAGGCGACGACUUGGACGGACUGUUUGACGCAGACAACAAUGAGGAGUUUGACGAGGGCGUCGAGGAAGAAGGGCCCGAUGUGGGGACGGAGGAGGCCGUGUCGGAGCUCUUCGGGGAGGUGGAUGACAUUGAAAAUGAAGAGAAGGAAGCUAAAAUAAAAGAAAGUGUUGGAGAAGCCUGCGAGAGCUUGAACAGGUCCAGGGAGGAUUUACAAGACGAGCUGAGGCGCAUGCAGGAGCAGAUGCAGCGGUUGCAGCAGCAGCUUGAGGCAAGCCAGAAAGUUUCCCCCUCGUCUUCCGCUCCGGUCCAGACUGCAGGGAGCUCGUCUGGUCCCAAACCAAAGACAACCAAACUGACGCCCCCUCGGCCGCCGACCUUCAAACAGACCUCAGCUAAACCGGCUUCUACCACACAGAAGGCCAGGACACCAGCAGCAGCAAAAUCUUCAUCAACUCCAGUCAGGCAAGGAGCUCUGAAGGCCAAGGAGUCCUCUGAUUUUUCGGAUAUGCUGAACAAUGCCGAUUCCUUCAAACGUAAACCGAGAGUAGCUCACCAUACCAAACCCAACACACCUCCAGAAGACCGAGGUCCACUGAUGGAGAUAAAGAUUGGAGGAACCUUCCUGCCAGUGGAAGCAGCCUCUCAAAGCAGAGCUGCUCCAGCUGCAUCAACAGGAACGCCUAAACAUUCUUCUCUUCCUCCCCUCCCCAAAGAUGUGGGUGUUGAGAAAUACUCAGGACUGCGGCUCAGAAAACCACGCGUCUCGUCAUGCGAGAUGGACCGCAAGAUGGCCGACCGGCGUCUGAUCCGUCUGUCACAGGUGCCGGAGCGGUUGGCUCGAGAGAAGCUGGAGGACAGUGACUGGGUGACCUUUGCUGUGCUGGUCAACAAGGUUACACCACAAAGCAACAGCAGUGGCAAAACCUUCAGCAUCUGGAAGCUGAGCGACCUCCAUAACCUGGAAGUGUUUGUGUCUCUGCUGCUGUUUGGUGAAGUCCACAAAGAGCACUGGAAGACGGAGCCGGGCACCGUCCUCGGUCUCCUCAACCCGAACCCCAUGAAGCAGAAGGAGGGGUACGACGGGGUGAGCCUGACCGUGGAUCACCCACAGAAGCUGCUGCUGAUGGGUGAAGCUCAGGACUACGGCAACUGCCAGGCCAUGAAGAAGAACGGAGACCCCUGCUCUCAGAUUGUCAACAUGUUCGAAUGCCAGUACUGUCAGUAUCACGUCAAGGCCCAGUACAAACAGAUGAGCUCGAAGAGGUCCGAGCUGCAGUCCGCGUUUUCCGGCAAAGCUCCCAACAAGUUCAAGGCGAAGGGCAGCAACCUGCGGGAGCGCCUGUGUCAGGACGGCUUCUACUACGGCGGCGUGUCGUCGGCCGCCUGCGCCACGUCCCUAUCGGUGGGCAAACCCAACAAACCCGUCCAGAAGACACUGGACAAGCUGUUUGUGAAGGGCUCCGCUCAGCAUGUCAGUCAGGCCAAGAGGCUGGCCAUGCGGUCCGGUGAAGUUGCAGGUUGUUCAAAUGAAUUUAAGAGCUUGAUGUCGGCGCCGACUCCCGGAGCUCUGCAGCUGAAGAAGCACUUGGUACAGGGUGGCCAAUCAGUCUCCAAAGAUGCAAGUCCAGUUCAGUCGAUCACAGCCUCGGACCUGCUGAAGCAGCAGAAACAGAUGCAGCGGGAGUUUCUGCUGAAUCGGCGGCGGAGGGCAGACGACGUCCAGAAGGGGGCGCUGCCGCACUCAGCUGGUCCCAGCCCCAACACGCCGUCCUCCUCGAUGGGCCGGGAGGCUCUGAUGUCCCCAAAAGCAGCCGCCGAGGUCCCAAGAGCCACGCAGAGCCCCGCGGCCCCCCACGGCCCCACCCUGGGCCGAGGCUUCUCCGAGGGUGAAGACAUCCUCUUCUUCGAGAACAGCGCUCCGCCGCCGCCGCCUGCCCCCGCCGCGCUCAGCCUAUCGGGCGCCAAGCUGACCGCUCUGAAGAAGCUGAAAGCUAAAGGGACGGGGCUCGAAAAGGAAGACCCCAACGCUGUGAAGAGAAAGAGGAGUACCGACGGCAAGAUCAACGCCCGGGUCGAGAAGAAUCUCACCUCUCCCAAUGGCGGACAGUCCGGUAACGACGAAGAGGAACCGGCGCUGAAGAGGAAGCGAGAACAGCUGCGCUACAUCCAGUCAGAGGAGUUUCAGAAGAUCCUCAACGCCAAGUCCCGCCACGACGCCGCACUGCAGGCGGCAGAGUACCAGCUGCAGGAGAGCUACUUCGAUCCGCGUGUGAAGAAGGAGCAGAUGGAGGAGAAGAUGAAGGCCAUCAGAGAGAUGAAGUGUCGUGCUGUUACUUGUAAAAAGUGCAGUUACACCUACUUCAAGCCGGCAGACCGUUGUGUGGAGGAGAAUCAUAACCUGCGGUGGCACGAUGCCACCAAACGUUUCUUCAAAUGUCCCUGUGGACAGAGGGCCAUCGCGCUGGACCGACUGCCCAACAAAACCUGCGGUAACUGCGGCCUGUUUAAAUGGGAGCGCGAUGGGAUGCUGCAGGAGAAAAAGGGACCAAAGAUCGCCGGGGAGCUCCUGCAGCCUCGAGGAGAGGAGCACGGCAAGUUCCUCAACAGCAUGAAGUGACGGCCCCAGGAUUUUUAAGUCUGUAAUUUGUCUCUGUAGCAAUUUCGUGUUUGUAUUAAUUAUGAUUUUAAAUUUUAAAUUCGUUUUUAAAUGGAUGUGCUUUAAAGACGAUAAUUAAA